AUGAUACGCGGCGCAGCACUGGAGAACAAAUUCCGAAAGCUGCCCAAUCUAACGUCGUCCAGUAACGACAAACUGGUUCACAACCUGUCGUCAAAGGAGCUGACGAAGGAUCAUAUGCAGGUUUUACGUCACAAAGCUUCAUUUAACACGGCUGACGCCAAACCUGUUAACAUGAUUGCAGCAGUGGAAUCAAUCCUUUGUCAGACGGAGGCAACUGAGGAGACUAAGAGACUCAUCCGACACCCAGUGUCGUCCCUCCUGAUGGCCCGCAGGCCGCGGGAAGUGCUUUCUAAGGUCGAACGUGAUGCGCUUAGAGACCUCAAUGUCGAAAAAGACGUGGUCAUCGUGCCAGCGGUCAAAGGGCGCGCCACGGUUGCAGUGGACAGGACAGAUUACCUUCAAAAAGCCAAAUGUUUACUGGAGGACCGACAGUUCUAUGUCCCAUGUGCAACGAACCCUUUAAGAGUUCUGACACGCGUAAUUAAUGCUAUGUUGUUGGCCUUGGAGAAGUCAGGUGCAAUAACACCGACCGACAGGCGCAUGGCGAGACCCCAAGAUACGGUUUUGGCCCGAUUCUAUGGUCUCCCUAAGGUGCACAAAGACGGCGCUCCUCUCCGGCCCAUCGUGUCGCUCAAGGGGACUCCAACGUACGGACUGGCUAAGUGGAUGUUCCGGCGCGUCAAUUUCCUAACCGCUGAGUCAGACACCACGGUCUCUUCGUCAGCACAAUUCCUGGAGAAACUCAAAGGGGAAAGCCUCCAUCCAAAUAAGGUCGUGGUAUCUUUUGAUGUUACAUCCCUUUUUAAUUCUAUUCCCCAGUGCCUGGCGAUCAAGACAAUCGAGCUGCUACUACAAAGCAAAUACGAUGAAACGGAGAAUCUUCUUGGACACGCUCAAAUCCUUCAGCUCCUGAGCUCUGUCUCAGGACGUACCUCACGUUCGACGGGACAAUCUACGAACAGGUGA